AUGGCUUCGGCGCAAAUUCAAGAUCUACUGAGGUUCCUGUCGCAAGAUGCCAAGCUUCCUUUAGCUACGGCGAUGGGCAAAACAUUGGAACUGCAGAAGGUUAAUCUGCUAACAGCCGAGCAAAUCGCCAAAGCAGACUUGAAAACUUUGGAAGACAUUUUUUUAGAUAAGAAAAUUGCAAAACAGAUUCACAAUGCUGCCAAAAGAAUAUCCAAGAAGCGAGGAACUUCAGAUGAUAUCAAAUCAUCACCCCAGAAACGCAACAAAAGCUCCAAACCAUUGAAAAAAGACGCCACUCCAUAUGAAAUUGAAUCUUCAAUGAGCCUACCAGAUACUGCUGCCAGCGAAAACGAGCUCAAUGAUACUGUGAUUGUCACAAAUCGAGCGCCUCUUGUGCUGGCCUUCGCGGUGUGUGUUUUGAAGUAUACCAUGCCAGAACAACCACUUUCCAGCAGAUUAAGCCUGGCACAGGCUGUGGUUUCAGCCAACAGUCGAACAAAAGCUGUGAGUCUGGGACUCGAAGAAGGCAACUCUGCUGAACAAGAAGGGUGGGGAGAAGGACAGCCCAUUGUCAAAGUUCUUGGUCGAGAUAUAAGCGUGCUAAAACGAUGGGACUAUGAUCCAAACGAAGGAAAACCACUCGGUGAGAAGAAGACAGAAGAUAAAAUUGAGAGCACAGAGGAUGAACAAACUCGAAUGCCUCCAUUGUGGGCCGUGGACCUGGAGGCGCUGAGAGUCAAAUAUCCCAGCCAUAACACUGGUCAACAUAAGAACGCUGGCAAUACUCUAUCCAUUUUCAGGCCUGAAUCUGCUCGAUCUUAUCUCUAUCGAGCGUUCUCAAAGCCAGCUGAAGAAGGAAAAUCAACGGCAAAGAAGAAGUCAGUUACGACCAUUGAAGACGAGAAAGAAGAAUGUCUUGGCCGUCUCUUAUCGGCUAUUGAUAUGCUCUGCCUAUCCUGGGUUCCGAAGCUUGAUCAAGCGGAGCUGGAUAGACGUGCUUGGUCUUGGUACAUUCGUGUACGACCAGAUGUUCAAAGUGGAGUACAGGGCUGGGGCGAGAAGGGUCAAGUGAAGCUAUCUGACAUUCUUGGUCUUCGGAGAGGCAUAUGA